UGUGCUGCGGCUCACAAAGAGAGACAAGGCACAAGGGGGCGAAUUUGGGGGAGACAAAGCUCAACUCUAGGGCGAGAUACGAAAGAGGAAAGCCACGGAAGAAUGGCGGUGGAAUAGGGGUUAUGAUGCUUGCGCAACCCGCCCUCACCGAAGCCAUACUUCCGCUUCGCCUGAUUCCAGGGACGUUCACCAUGUCACGUCUGUUCGCUCAUGGCCGCUCGCGAGCAUGAUGGAACACGAGACGUGGCGCGAAUCGCCACCGCAGCAGCAGGAGCAGAACUCGGUGUCUGGCGGAUCACGCAGAGCGCAGCAGAAUUUGCGGCGUGAAGCAUGGGGAAGCAAGGGCCGUGCAACCACUGCGGCGUGGCUGUCACUCCGUUGUGGCGCAAUGGUCCCCCUGAGAAGCCCGUUCUCUGCAACGCGUGCGGCUCGAGGUGGCGCACGCGCGGAACCCUGGUCAACUACAUGCCGCUUCACGCGGGCGGGCUUGGCCUCUCCUCCGCCGCUGCGACGAAGUGGCGCCUCAAGAACCCCGGCGCGCGCCAGCCCCCAGGCGCAGCAAACGGCAAACGAAUGGACGGUGGGGAGGAUGGCGGAGCUGAGGCGCAGAAGGAUGCGGAGGCGUGGCUAGCGAAGAAGGGCUCGGGGGGAGCGGCGCAAGGGGGUGGCGCGCGGAUGGGGAGAGGGCUGCGUGGAAGGGGACCUGGCGUUAAACGGAAGGUUUGGCAAAGGGGGCACGGGGGGGUGCGGGGUGGGGAGAGGAGCGGGAGCGUGGGCGGGUGUGGGGUGGAGGUGCAGAGUGGUGCGGGGUUGGGUAGCAGGGCGAGUGAGAGAUGGGAUGAGGAGAUGGAGUUGGACAUGGUGUGGGGAGACGAGGAUGACGAGGAAGAGAAGGGGUCGGAGAGGAGUGGAGCAGCGAACAGCAGCGGAGGAAGGAAGGAUGGGCCGGACGGGGGAGGGAGUGAGGGAGAGGGAAGCGAGGAAGUGAUACGGAUGGACGACGAUGGGAGCGUGGAGACCUCACACCGCUUGCAAGGCGUGCCAAUCCCCCCCAAGCGCAGGUCUCUGGGCGGAGGGGGGCAGCGCUCUGCAUCCCCGUAUGGCGCGGGGUCCAGCAGUGGCAUGCGGCCGCGCAGCCAGUCAGAGGCGGACCUUACCGCGCUGAGACUGAGACACUGUGCGGGUGGCGGUGGGGGAAAGGAGGGCACGUGGCGGGAAAAUGGCGUGCGCGCACGUGGGGGGAAGGGGGCGAAGAGAGAGGGAGAUAUGGACCUGGAUGUGGGAGGGCAGUGGAAUGAGGGAGAGGAGGAUUGUCGUGUUGAUAGAAGGGCACGCCACAAUGAAUCUGGCAGGAAGAUGGGUGCGGGGAGAGGAGGAGGGGGGGAGAAAGCGAUGAGGGAGGAGGAGGUAUGGGUCGAAGAAGGGGGCGACGAUGAGCUUGGGGGAGGGGAGGAAGGUGUAGUAGCGGUUGACGACGACGAGGAGAAGACAGGGGAGGAGGGGGAGGAAGAGGAGGAGGAAGGCGAUGAGGAUGUGCGGUUGGAGUUACUGCAGCAUGUACCCAGCGGUCAGCGGGAGCUUGUGCUUCUCACCAUGCCGUCCCCUCACUAUCGCACAGCCACUGCCCCCUCUGCUGCCACUGGUGCUGCUGGUGCUGGAGCGGUAGUGGGAAAGGGCAGACGAGAGCAGGCAGUGGGGGGGGCAAGGGCUGAUCGAGUGGGCAUGCAGCGAGUAGCCAGCGAUGGCAGCAUAAGGGGGGGUGGGGGGAGGAUGGGAGGGAUGCCAAGGGCAGGGGUAGGAGAGGGGGCUGUGGGGAAGAGUGGGAUGACGGGGGCGAGGCAGCAAGGUACUGGGAUGGGUGGUGGAGGAACAGGCCAUGCGGCGAUAGCAAGCUCAGCAGAGGUUGCUGGUGCCAUGACGGACGAUUUCCUCCUCCACUCGCCACACUCGCGCCUCUGCUCCGUGAACCUUACUGACAUAGUGAAUGCGUCCAGUCUCUACCGCCGCAUGGACCAUGCGCACAAGUGCCAGCUCGUUGCCAUGCUGCCCACUGUCGACACCGCCAAUGGCUCCGCCAGUGUGGAGAGCAUGUUUCGCAGCAAGGCGUUCCUCGGGGCCGUGCGGAACUUCCAGAAGCUGCUGGCCCAGGGCAUGUUCGACUCCGACGCCCUGCCAGCAGACACGGCGCAGCUCUUCGCCUCCCUCACCUCCACCUCGUGCCUUGACCUCUCUGCCUCUGGCUGGUGGCAACGCUGGAGCCAGGCGCAUGCCUCCACCGCUACCAUCCCUCACCCGCCAGUACCACCACAUGCUGUUGCUGCAGCUGCUGCUGCUGCUACAUUGGUUGCUCCAAUGGCGACUGAUGCUGCUGCUGCGUCUGCUACUGCUUUUCCUGCUCCGUCCACGGUUCCUCCUGCACCUGUUACUGCCGCUGUGGCGUCUGCGCCCACCAACGCGGCUUCACCCGACACACGCGCCACCGCUACCCUCCCUGCUUCGCCUAUCCUUUCAGCUGUCCCUUCGAACAGCUCGAAGCCUCGUGUCGCCCCUGCCCAUGGUUACAUGGCAAGUGGGCCCGGCAUGAGGGCAACUACUCCUGUUCCUGUUGCAAUCAGUGGGCGUGGCAGCACUGCUGCUCCUACUGCUGCUGCUCUUGCCGCUGCGGCUGGUACUGCCCAAGCUGCUGCUGCGCCCACUGGUGCUGCCAGUGCUGCUCCUGUCACUGCCAGUGGAGCUGGCGGGGAAACAGGAGGCCAAGUCACUUCACUUCCCUCUCCUGCCAUGUCAGCUGUGUCAUCUGCUCCACCUGAUGCUCGCCCUGCUCUCAACAGAUGCACUGCCGCCACUGCCACUGCCACGGGACAUGCUGCAGGCAGCAGCAUGGGCUCUGGAGUGAUGGCAGUUGAUGUGCCAGGCAGAAGGGUUGGCGGAGAGGUGGGCAUUGGGGGAGGGAAGUCUGGGUUUCAGGGAGGAAAGAAACCACCACUGGGAGCAGAAGCAGCGGCUGCAGGCAUGGGAGCUGGGCACAAGGGUCAAAGGGUUCCUGCUGCUGCUGCUGCUUCUGCCCCUUGUGCGUCUGCCCCUGCUGGUCCGUUCCCAGCUGCCGCACGGUCAACCGGUAUGGCAGCAGGGAAGACAGCUGUGAUUCCAGUGGAGCAGCAGCAGCAGCAGCAGCAGCAGGCGAGAGGGACAGGUGCACCUGCAGUGGGUGCAGGCAUAGGAGUGGUACCAGGUAAAUUAGCAGAAGCGAACGAUGAGGACGACGACGACGGGUCGUUUGCUGCUGUGUGUGGCCAUGUGAAAGUGCCACAGCAACCUCGCCAUAAGAACCAAGUUGCCCGUGACCCAUCACAAUUUGCCCUCUCCCCCAACUUCUUUUCGGGUUCCUCCCUCCUCUCCGCGUCCCCUCCCACUGCCGCCACCACUCCCUCCCCGCCUCCUUUUUACCCCACUUUCGCCACCUCCCGCAACAAUCACCCUUCCACAUCCGCCUAUCCUACUCCGCUCCCCCGCAUCAACCCACCGUCAUCGUCAUCCCCUGUUGUCGCGAGUCCAUCAUCCCAUGGGCCCAACACAUGGCAGAAGCUAGCUGCUGCAGCAGCAGCACGGCCUGCAGCUUCAUCGGCAGCAGCUGCUGCUGCCACGCCAGUUUCUGGGAAAGGAGGAAUUGCUGCUAUUAUUGGUUCUAGAAGGCCAAUAGGUGCAUCACCUGGUGGGACAUCAGCUGGCGCAGUAGUGGCAACUUGCGCACCAGGAGCAUCAGAUGUAGGAUCUAGAUAUACACUGGGGGAGGGUGUGCUGAAUGGGCGGCUGAUUGUUGCUCGUUCUGUGGAUAUGUUCUCUGACCCGCUGAGAGACAACCUCAUGUGGGAUAGCUCCUGCGACACGGGUGGAUCGUCGAGAGUGAUUGUUCCCCAUGGCGCCACUGCAAUGCAGGAGCCUCUGGAGUGAGGUGCUUUACUGAACGUCUUGUGAAGGGCAGAGUGGGCCAGGCAAGCUCAUUUUUUAGUACCGAGUUGUCAAUGUAACCAAGGCAAUUGGCACCUCCUGUUCUGCUGAGUUGUCGGAGUCUGCUUGUAUCAAUUUUUGGUUUGGCAUACCAUAGUAAGUUUUUGUUUCCAUGAAUCCAUACACUCAUGCUGUAUUUCGAAUGUCUAUGUUUAAGGUAGGGUGCACU